AGACAAGCACAAUAUACUUUUAAUUUUUAAUUUUAGAGGAAACUCAUUCAUUGUCAAAAAGAAAAAACUUGUGACCAAAAUGAACACAGUAAAGAAAAAGUUGAAAAUGUAAACAUGAAUCAAAUUUCAGAUGCCUUCCAUAUUGAUGAAACUAAAAAUCUUCAAGAAAAUGAUCAGUUUGUCUAUGAUUCUUGUAUGAAGAUGACAAAAGAAGAGAUUGAAGAAAAUUCUAUCAAAUUUUUAACGGAAAAAGAUUAUUGUUUUGCAUUGUUGUGUUACAUAUAUAUAUUUGUAUUUAAUUCUCUACCCGCGUUCAUUUUUCAAAAUGGUCAAGAUAAUCUUGGUCAUAUAGUUUCAAAGGAUUUAUUCCUGAUUGAUUGGUCACAAUAUUCAAAACUUAAUAAAUCUAAAGAAAUAAUUAAAGAAACAAUUGAAGAAAUUUUAUCUACUUAUUUAGAGAGAUGUAAAAAUAAAGAUUUAUAUUUUCCAUUUUAUUUUCAACUGAUUACUUUAGAAUUGUUUAAUGAAAAUUAUGAUUCAGCAAUGAAUAUCUGCAGGCAGUUACAAGAAUUAUCAUCAGAUAUUACUGAUACAUGGUUAUUAACAGCCAGAAUAUAUAUUCAUCAAUCUUUAUUUGAAGAAGCAAGCAAGAUUUUUGAAAAAGCAAUAACCAUUGCACCUUUUGAUCCUUACUUAUAUUAUGCGGCAUCUUUAUUUUAUUUUAAUAAUAACAACACACAUAAGGCAAAGGAUUUAUUAGAAAACUGUAUAUAUAAAACUUUUAAAAAUUCAGUCAUGUCUUGUAGAAUACCAGAAAGUGCCAUUUCUCUUUAUUGGUAA